UUUCAAGACCCAGAUAAAUGAAAUCUCUAUUGACCUAUUUACCCUUGGAAAUUAAUCCAAGUCAGGUGACAAGUUAGUAAAUAAAGUAGUCCAUGAGGGGCAGAAGAGUCAAUGAAACCGAGAAUUUGAAUUUGCAAGCGCUGGAAAUCCCGAGGCCGUAUGACACGUGGAGAGUUUGCGUUGGAGGAAAAAAUGAUUAAUUAGAGUAAGACAAUGCUGCGGAGUCCAAGGCGAUCAAGUUUAAAUUGUAGCUUCACUCUCACUGGUUUUUCAAGAGCGUUUUUAGAGAGAGAGAGAGAGAAAGAGACAGGGCAGCGGCAGCCGUACGCCGUCGGAAAGAGCAAGCCAAGAAGAAGAAGAUGAUGAUGACGGAGGCGAAGAAGAAGGAUUUAUCACACUGGUGGUGGUUUGACAAUCACAGCAAGGGCAGUCCGAAUCGAUCGCCAUGGCUUCAGACAACACUUUCAGAGCUAGAUGAGAAAACAAGAGCAAUGCUGCAGGUGAUCGAGGAAGACGCGGAUUCCUUCGCGCAACGCGCUGAGAUGUACUACAAGAAGAGGCCCCAGCUGAUGAGCAUGGUGGAGGACUUGUACCGGACUCAUCGCUCUCUAGCAGAGCGAUAUGAUCAAGUUAAAUCCGAGCACGGAAGCCGUCUCCCAUCAUCACCAUGGUCAUCAUCACCAUCUCCAUUGCCCUUCACCAGAUAUCGCCUAGAGAAGUCUCUGAGCUUGACUGAGGGAGCCUACGACAGCUACUCCGAGGCCUAUGGGCCAGAUGAGUCGGAUGAGUCUGAGGUCGAUGAUCCUGAUGAGGCCGAGGAAGUGGUGGUCGGAUCAGACGUGCCAAAUGUGGUUCCUGAUGAGGAGGAGCUCGUGAGGCUCAGGGAGGAAGUGAUGAGGCUCGUGGAGGAGAAUGCUGAGCAGAGGGAGCAGCUCAAGGCGAAGGACGAGGAGAAACGCGAGGUCAUAAGGCAGCUAAGUCGAGGCAUGGAGUUGCUCAGAGAAGAGAAUGUGAUGUUGAGAGAGCGUCUUAGCAAGAAAACUCCCAAGAAGGAGAACCAGGUUGAAUACAGCAAAAUGAAGGAGAAUUUCUUUGAGAGAUUGUUCAAUGGAUUUGGGAAACCACCAGUUAUUGCUCUUUAGAUAUGUACUAAUUAAGGAUUUGUUCACUAGCAAGCUAGGUAUAUAUAUGUCAAUGUUGUAAGAAUUUGUUUGAACUACAAUUUGUUUGAGGGCUUCACUUUAAACUGUAUUCUUUAUUCUUUUGUGUGUAUUGUUUUGUCAUUUCAAUUCAAGAAGUCACUAUCAUUUGUA